AUGCCUCCUCCCGCUUACGAGUUCCGGGGGCAGAACCAGGACAAACGCUCGCGUCCCAGCCAUGAAUUUACGUUCCGCUUUCCGCGUCCAUCAACUUCAGAGCGUCCGUUGCUCACCACGAAAAGAGAGACAACGCCGGAGCCCCUUGGUGCCCCAAAAGAUGGCGCAGAAAAGGCACCGUUGAAGUUCGCUCCCAUUUCUGAGCUGACCGACAGUGAUGAAGCUGAGAUGGACGUGUCGUCUGACGAGGACGGCUCCCGUCCGCCGCGAAAGAAGCGCGCUGUGGAAAAGAGCAGAGCGCGCCUCCGGCCCCCAACGUGGUCCAACCCGGAUCCCUAUUACGUGUUGCCUCCUCCUGAUGAGAGCCAGACCAAGAGGCCGGACGUAGUCAAACUCAUUCGCAAAGCCCGAGUGGCUGCUGCUACUACUGCUCCUGCUGUGACGCGGACAGAUGCGGUUGCGUCCAACGAAGAUUUCAUCUCCUUUGAUAUGGAAGAUGAGGAUGAAGAAGAUGAAGAAGAUGAACCAGAACCUCCACCGAAUGCGCCGAAAGGCCCCAAGAAUGCCCGUCCCGAAGAACGAGACGGCGCGUCGGGAAAGCGGAAGCGAACCCAUGAUGACGAGAUCAAGGGAUAUUCUAAGAAGGCUAACCCUUUCGCUGGUAAGUUUCGUAGUGACGGGGGAAUCCUCGAUCAGUGGAAGCCACGUUCGUCCGAAAAUGGAACGCCAUGGCUAGAGUUGAUGGAACCGACAUUGCAUCUCGGCACAAGGCUGCACAAUGAAAUUCUUGCUUUUUACAAUUGGGUGAAACCCCAGCCGUAUGAAGACAUUAUCCGGAGGGACCUAGUAGCGAGACUCCAGUCGGCGUUUCAGAGUAGAUACUACGGUGCAGAGGUGCACGCGUUCGGCUCUUUUGCUUCUGGACUGUAUCUUCCAAUCGCCGACAUGGAUCUUGUUUUGCUGUCCACCACAUAUAUGCGCACUGGGGUUAAGACCUUUGGGGAGAAAAAGGGCCAGAUUUAUGCCUAUGCUGCAUUCCUGAGGAAUCUCGACAUUGCGGUACCUGGUUCCAUAGAGACAAUUGCCAGUGCAAGGGUUCCCAUCCUGAAGUUCGUGGACAAAUUGACUGGUCUGAGGGUUGAUCUGUCCUUUGAUAACAACAGCGGGCUCCUUGCCAACCAGACAUUCGAGCGCUGGAAGGCGGAGUACCCAGCUAUGCCUGCCAUAGUUGCGAUCAUCAAGCAGUUUCUGCUUCUUCGAGGACUGAAUGAGGUUCCAACUGGUGGAUUAGGUGGUUUUUCCAUCAUCUGUCUCGUCGUAAGCCUUCUGCAGCACAUGCCACGGGGCGAGGGCAAUUCCGGACCCAAUCUGGGCAGCAUCCUGAUGGAUUUCUUUGAUUUCUACGGGAACAAAUUCGAUUACACGUCGAUCGGGAUAAGGAUGGAGCCACCUGGUUUCUUCAAUAAGCGCGUGUACGGUGCGAAUGCAGAGAACCGACCCCAGCGGCUUGCUAUAGAGGACCCGAACAACAGGGAUAAUGAUAUAUCCGGAGGAACAAGAGAGAUACGUUUGAUUUUCCAAUGCUUUUCGCAAGCCUUUGACGCUCUUAGGGAUCGGAUGAUUUUGGCGGCAAAGUCUGGAUCGAAGGACAUAACUUUCCUCGAUGCCAUCAUUGCAGGACGUUACGACGAGUACAUCGAGCAACGGAAUCAUCUGCGUUCUAUCUUCGAGAAUGAUCCUAGGUUUGAACCGUAUCGCCGACCACCUUCGCCGCCUCCGCCUCCUCCUCCUGCUGACUCCGACUCGGAGUCUGAGUAUAACCCUCCUGACGUUGUCACUGCGGCUCCUUCUCCACCGCCUCCACCGCAAAUACCACCAGCUCCUCCACAGGGCAAACCCAAGAAUCCCCCGUACAAGCAGCAGAAGAGGCAAAAGAAGCUGCAGGCUAGCCGCGAACGGUCAGCUCGUCUCAAGCGGCUAAGACCAGACAUAGCAGCGCGUGUUCCAGCUUCUGUCAGCGUCGGACAUGCGAUGGUACUUGGAGGGUACAAGACUGUAUCUGAGAUGGACCGCGAUCUUGCGGCUCGAGAAAAGCAGCUCAAGACUCGCUGA